AUGUGCCUGGUGCUCACUUUAACACUUGGCUGUGACGGUGCCGCCGUCUUGCCGAGACAAUCCAUCGCCAGCACCGCAGGAACCGGAGCCCAGAGCAUAGUCAGCCUGUGGAAGUCCGUCAGCAACCCACUGCCUAGCAGCAGUGGGACCGUUCCCGACCUGACGGUGACUGGCAACUACUAUACUACCCCCAAAUCACCGAAUCCGCUGCUUCGAAGUACGGGUAUUCUCGCAAAGCGGCUGACCUUUUUGUAUGGAACUCCGCUGGCGGGUGGACCGUACUUUCCAACUGGUGUACUUGGGUUUGAGAAGGUUGCGGCAGACGUAGCGUACAUUGAGGCGACCGAGUUCCCACCCGUGCUAGCGGGGACGCUGCUAGAUGAUACACAAGCGACUGCGGACUAUAGCAAAUAUAACGAUUUGGAGACGGUUGCGGAUUACACCAAGCUCUAUUCGAACGAAUGUAGGAACCAACUGCCUUCCGGACCCGCUCCAGGAGCAGAGACGAACUACACCGAGGACUUGUUCUUCUCGAUGGAAAGGCUGUCAAACUCACCUUACCAAGUCCGAAGGCUAAACCCUACCAGCGACACCUUAGCAUUUACCAUUGCGGACAACAUAGCGCAGAACCUCACCGGGCGGACCCUGAAUCAAUUGUUUCAAGCUGGCCGUCUCUUCUACGCGGACUACCGUGACCAGGGCGAGCUUACGCGUACAGAUCGAUAUGCAGCCGCUUGCGAUGCCUACUUCUACAUUGAUCCCUCUUCCGCCAAGUUCUUGCCAUUGGCCAUCAGGUCGAACUACGGCGCCAACCUCAUCUACACGCCGGCAGACGAUGCGGCCGACUGGAUCUUAGCCAAGAUCGUCUUCAAUGUCAAUGACUUCUGGUUUGCGCAGUGGAAUCACCUAGCGGCGACUCAUGAAGUCGUGCAGAUCGCAUAUAUGGCCGCGAUCCGGACGUUGAGUGAGGAGCAUCCGGUGCAGGCUAUGUUGAAUAGGCUCAUGUUCGAAGUGUUCGCGGUCCAGCCGCUUGCGCAAACCGUCCUGUUCGACCCAGGCGCGGCGGUCGAUCUCACCUUCGCUUACACUGGUCAAGCAGCGCAGGAUUAUAGUACAGACUACUACCAGAACAAGGGCAGCGGUCGCUUCGUGGACAACUACUUCCAGACCGACCUUCAGCGCCGUGGCUUGAUUAAUUGCACUUACGGUCCGGCGCUUUCGCAUUUUCCGUUCUACGAGGACGGCACCGUGAUCUGGAACGCCAUCAACACGUUCAUGACGUCCUUUGUGCAAUCGUAUUACUCGUCGGAUUCUGCUGUUGACGCAGACAGCGAGUUGCAGGCAUGGGCGAAGGAGGCGAAUGGACCGGCGGAAGCCAUAGACUUUCCCACAUCAAUCUCUUCGCGGAGCACGCUCAUCGCCACCCUCACACAUUUCGCCCACCUUGUCUCCAUCUCCCAUCACACGGUCAAUACCAACGAACUCCUCAGCCUCUCCUCCACCUUACCUUUCCAUCCCACCGCGCUCUACGCGCCCCUUCCAACGAUCAAGGGCAACACGAGCGUCGUCGAUUUCCUACCGCCCUUCGACAAGGUUCUCGAGCAACUGACGCUUACCGCGCUGUUCGCUCGGCCGCAGUUCGUGGGCACGAAUCGCACGCUCAUGCAUAUGUUCGACGAUCAGGCAAUGCUUGGCAAGAUGAACGCGCAGACACGGUCCGCAGCCUCGGCCUUCAUGAGCAGUAUGCAAGCUUUCAGCUCGCAGGUCAGUGGGAGGACAUUUGGAUCGGAUGGGUUAAGUCAAGGUAUGCCGUUCAUUUGGCAAGCGCUGGAUCCUAACGUAGCGCCUUUCUCACUCACUACAUAA